AAAGAACUAUCGUCGGGUGGUUUUCAUACUACUCAUAACGUUUCUCUCUUUUAUGUUGUACUCGUCUUUGAAUACAACUUCACAAAAUGGUGUUAAUCUAAACAACAACUCUAUCAUUUCUGAUGAUAACAGUCCAAACGAUGAAGUGGAUUUUGAGUUUUUGAGAAAUUCACAAAAUUCAGGUAUUCAACCAAAUGCUUAUAAUUCAGAAAAUACUGGUAAUACUGGUAAUAUUGACAAUAAAUUUCAAGUGGCUGAUGAUACUGAAAACUUUGGAAAAAAUAUUGUUAAUAUUGAUGUUUUAAAUCCCAUUAAUAGUUAUGAUUUUGACGUAAGGUCUCGUAUUUCCAAUUAUAAAAAACAAAAUGCUACAUUAUUCACAUUAGUACGAGACGAAGAUUUAUAUGGUAUUUUAACUGCGAUUCGGAAUGUUGAAGAUAGAUUCAAUAAAAACUAUCAUUAUGACUGGAUUUUUGCAAACAAUCAAGAAUUUUCGAAUGAUUUUAAAAUAAAAGUUUCAAAUCUUGUCAGUGGCAACUCCAAAUUUAUUAAAAUUCCAAAUGAAUACUGGUCUUAUCCUGAAUGGAUUGACCAGUUAAAGGCUAGAAAAGUUCGAGCCAAAAUGAAAAAACUAAAGAUUAAAUAUGGACACCUUGAAAGUUAUCGUCAUAUGUGUAGAUUUAAUUCUGGGUUUUUUUAUAGAUUGCCAGAAUUAUUAAACUAUAAAUAUUACUGGAGAGUGGAGCCAGAUGUUAAUUUUAGAUGUGAUAUCAAUUAUGAUCCAUUUAAAUAUAUGAAUGAUAAUAAUAAAACAUAUGGCUUCACAAUGGCCCCGUAUGAGUUGCAUACAACAGUGCGAAAUUUAUGGUCAACAGUUUUGAAUUUUACAAGUCAAUAUCCUGAAUAUGUGGCCGAUAACAAUAAUUUUGAGUUUUUAACAGAUGAUAAUGGAGAAACGUUUAAUAUGUGCCAUUUUUGGUCAAAUUUUGAGAUUGCUGAUAUGGAUUUUUAUAGGGAAGAAGCCUACUCGAAAUUUUUUGAAUUUAUAGAUAAAUCCGGAGGCUUCUUUUAUGAAAGAUGGGGAGAUGCACCCAUUCAUUCAAUGGCUGUAUCUAUUUUUUUAAACAAAGAUAAGUUGCAUUAUUUUGAUAAUUUUGGCUACUAUCACCCACCAAAUGGGCAAUGUCCAAGAUCAUUUGAAGAGAGACUUAAAAGAAGAUGUGAUUGUGAUGGUAAACGAGAUUACAACUGGAGCCAAAUUAGUUGUAUCCCAUUAUAUUUUGAAUUGAAUGGUUUGGAGAAACCCAAUGGACCAACAAAACAAAGAUUAAAAUCACAUAAAUUCAAUUAUUUCAAUAGAAUCAGCGAGUCUGUCAUUGAAGAAGUGCAUAUUGAAGGACAGCCCAAUGCUGAAGGACAGACACAAGUUGAUCCAGUUCAGGCAGUAGGAAAGCCUGAUACUGGAGCCAGCACUGGAGGUAGAACUGAAGCUGGAGCUGCAGCUGGAGCUGAUAAUACACAACCAGAAGAAGUGAUUAAAAUCGAUUCUCCACCUCGGUUGGAUAUCGGUGUCAAUGUGCAAGCCUAAAAUCAAUGCCACUCAACCACAAUUUCAUAGAAAGCAUAGAAUGCAGACUGAAUAACUAGAACACAAUUUAUUUCACUGUUUCUCACUAUUUUACUAUAGAUUUUCUCUUUUUCUCUCCAAGAAAACUCCGAU